AUGGAUAAAUCGGUUGGAAGAUCAAGCUCGAAAGGUGGAGAUUUCCCCAAUUUCCCGAGUGACAGAGCUGUGACAGCCAGUUUCUGCCCACCCACUCCACCAGGACAUCCUGGUCACACUCUGUCACACUCCGCGUUGGGGACCAGCCUUGGAAAAUUUCUUCAUAUCGAGAUGGGCAAGGCAAAGAAAGCCAAGGCCAGCAACAAGGCGGCGGUGAAAGCGUCGAAGAAGGAGAAGCAGGCAAAGAAAGUCGAGCAGAAGUCCAAGAAACAGUUGGCGCUCGAGGCUGCAGCGGACGAGGAAGACCUUCUGACCACCUUAGAAGAGUUCAGAGCGAAAUGGGAAGCAGAACAUAAAGUCACUGAAGACGUGAUCGACGGCCCGCCUAGUCGAAGAGCCAAUGCUUCAUUCACUCCCGAUCCAAAUCAACCUUACAUCUGGCUAUUCGGCGGGGAAUUCUUUAACGGCACCACCGCACAUUUCUACAAUGAUCUUUAUAGGUAUUCUCCUGACAAAAAUGAAUGGAGAAGGUACAGUUCUCCUACCUUUCCAGGCCCUAGAUCAACUCACCAAAUGGUCGCCACGCCUGGUGGUGGUGGGAAACUAUGGCUUUUCGGCGGGGAAUUCGCAUCGUCCAACCAAACCACGUUUCAUCACUACAGAGACAUGUGGUGUUUUGACCUGACGAGUCAUUCAUGGGAAAGAAUCGAAACUAAAGUGCAGCCGUCAGCAAGAAGUGGACAUCGGAUGGUCGUAUGGAAACAAUGGAUCAUCCUUGUCGGCGGCUUUCAUGACGUUGGAGUUCGGACGAAUUAUCUCAGUGAUCUGUGGUUUUUCGAUAUGAUGGAAUACAAGUGGCAGCAGAUCACAUCGCGCGACAACGAGCGAUGGCCGAGUCCCCGCUCAGGUUUCUCACUACUUUCGAUCCCUGAAGGAAUUAUCUUACACGGGGGUUAUUCGAAGAUUUAUGUUACUAAAUCAAAGGCCAAAGGAGUCGCACUCGACGAUACUUUCUUCCUCAAGCUGGAUCCCACCAAUCCGGAUUGGUUAAAAAAGCUGAAAUGGGAAAAACGCAAACGGGUGGGUCAGGUGCCCAGCUUAAGGAGUGGCUCAACAAUGGUCAAUUGGGUCAAUAAAACCAUGGCUGUUGGAUUCGGCGGUGUCUUGGAUUUAGAAGAUAACGAAGAAGGUCUGGUUAGCGAGUUUUACAAUGAUCUGUAUGCUUACCAACUCUCAGGUACCGGGCGAUGGAUGACGUUGAAUUUGAAAAGGCCCAAAAAGAAAAAGGGCAAAGAUGGAGCAAAUGGAAAGAAAAAGAGCGCAAAAAACCAAGAACAAAUUAAUGAAAAGGGAGACGAUCACGGUAUGGAAGUAGAAGCGAUCCAAGAGGACGAUGAAGCCAUGGAACUGGACGAAGAAGACAGACUCGAAGAAGCUAGAUUGAAAGCUGAACAACUUAUCAGAGAUGAGAUCGCGAGAUCCAAGUUGAAGGCCAAUUCGACAGCCACCAAAUCGAAUGAACCUACCAAAUCUGUUGAGAAUCAAGUUGUCGGCGCAGCAGAGAUUCAAGAUUCAUCACACGAUGAAGAAGAUCCUGACAAGACAAUCCCACUGGCAAGAUUCAACCCUAUGCUAGCUAUCCUGAAAAAUACCUUAUAUAUCUAUGGCGGGAUCUACGAAUCAGGAGAUAAAGAAUAUACCCUCCAAUCAUUUUACUCGUUAGCAUUGGAUAAGUUGGACCGGUAUAGCUGUCUGCGCGACGAUGAUAUCCAUAACCACGAAUGGUUUGACGAGUCCGAAAGUGGAAGCGACGACGAUGAAGACUCAGGCUCGGAGGGAAGCAGUAGUGAGAGUGAGAGCCACAGUGAAGAGGCCGAGAACCUUGAAAAACUUGAACGCGAGCAAGAGCAGAUUCCGAUCGUGGAAGAUCCUGCAGAGGUUGCUGAUGUGCUUGCAACCCAACUAGAACAAGAAGAGCUGAAGAAAAAAGUGGAAGCUUUUAUGGGCGUGGCCAAGUCUUCUGAACGGUCUGCCGAAGAGGUCAUGAGCACGCCGCUUCCGGGAGAAACUCUGAAGUUGUUCUACGAUCGGACGCGCGAGUAUUGGACGCAAAAGGCGCAUGAAACAUCUCAACAUCGUGGGAAGGAGCUCCGACGCGACGGGUUCUCGCAUGCCGAAGACAGAUAUUCCGAAUACAAACCUCUGUUAGAUGAGAUUGAACGGAUACAAGCGGAGGCGGGAAUUGAGGCUUCAGACGUCCAACGAAGAACAGGGCCAAGUGCUGCCGGCGGUCCUACCCAGGAUAGCCGACAUCGGAGAUAA